AGAGGCAGCGAGUACCAGUCCCUUCUCUGCUCUGCUGACAAGCGCACCCUCUGUUACCUGCUCAGCACCAUGAAGGUCUCCACCGCUGCCCUUGCUGUUCUUCUCUGCACCAUGGCGCUCUGGAACGAAGUCUUCUCAGCGCCAUAUGGAGCUGACACCCCGACUGCCUGCUGCUUCUCCUAUGGACGGCAAAUUCCACGAAAAUUCAUUGCUGACUAUUUUGAGACCAGCAGCCUUUGCUCCCAGCCGGGUGUCAUUUUCCUGACCAAGAGAAACCGGCAGAUCUGCGCUGACCCCAAAGAGACCUGGGUCCAAGAAUACAUCACUGAGCUGGAACUAAAUGCCUGAGAUUAGAGGCAGCAAGGAACCCCCAAACCUCCGUGGGCCCCGUGUAGAGCAGGGGCUUGAGCCCCAGAACAUUCCUGCCACCUGCAAAUCUCCCCCUCCUAUAAGCUGUUUGCUGCCAAGUAGCCACAUCCAGGGACUCUUCACUUGAAUUUUUAUUUAAUUUAAUCCUAUUGAUUUAAUACUAUUUAAUUUUUUAAUUUAUUUUAUUGUCACAUUUGUGUUUGUAGCUAUUUAUUCUGAAAGACCUCAGGGCACAUUCCUCAGCCCUCCUCCCCCCUCCCAGUUGCUCACACUGUGUUUGGUGACAAUUAUUCUAGGUAGACGUGAUGACAAAGUCAUGAACUGACAAAUGUACAAUGGAUGCUUUGUCUAUACCAGAGAAAUAAUAAAUAUGCUCUUUAACAAG